GAGAGGCCCGGCGCGCCCAGAUAAUGCCUCUCAGCUGGUGGUCAAACAUGGCAGGCGCGCCGCCCGUGUUUUCCAAACUGAAACUUUUGCACGCGCUCAGAAGAUCGGCGAGGGUCGCGUUUUGCAAGAGGUGUCACAUGUGCGGGUUAUCUUCCUGCUGAUGCUGCGCAAAGCCAUCCUGAGUCCAGAGCAGCCUUUCUCAGCCUUGGGUCCGCAGAUGGAACAGGCUCCCUCCAAACGUGAUUUUUCAUCAUGAGUGUGGACUGGAUUGGCUUUGGUUAUGCUGCGGUUGUGGCUCUCGGAGGUGCUGCAGGAUAUAUUCGCAAAGGCAGUAAAAUCUCCUUGGUGGCUGGCCUGUUCUUCGGCUUGAUGGCUGCUUAUGGCGCAUAUUGGGUAACUCACGACCCCAGAGAUAUAAAGAUAUCGUUGUUCACAGCUUUCCUCCUGACAGUUGUAAUGGGAGUGAGGUUUAAGAGGACCAAGAAGCUAAUGCCAGCUGGAAUCAUAGCAGGCCUCAGCCUUCUGAUGAUCUUGAAGCUUGUUCUCCACCUGGUAUGAGAGACCAAAGCAGGAAGAAACAGCAUUUGUAUAAUUUUACAUGAACAAGCAACAAUUCCUUUGUAUUUUUCAAUGUAUAUGUAGGAAGAUCAAGCACUUUUGGGUUUAAUGACUACUGCACAAAAGGCAGUGUUCCUUUUUUUUUUUUGGAUUUGGGGCUACAUUCUUUAGUGUUUUCUCUAAGUAGCAUUUUCUUGGGCUGUGGUCCUAUACCCCUGGGAGCUAUUGACCUCAAUGGCAUUUAUUUCUGAUUAGAAAUGCAUACGAUUGUUCGUAAUUUUUGUUGACAUCUAUGUUCUUGUUUAGACAAGUGAUUGACUUGUUCUUUAAUGACGAUCCUAGUUAUUUUUUUUACUUUUUGUGGAGCAAUGAGAUUUCAGUGAUGCCUUACUCUUAACAGUAAGAAGUACACCAUCAGAAAUAAUAGGAAUCACAAGAGCAUUGAAACUCAGACUCCUGCUCUGUGGCAUAUGCUUUGAAAUUCAUCUGCAGCCCUGAAUGACAAUUUUGCAGACAUGGAGAUUUACAAAACAUGAAACAGAGCAUUGCAAACAUGCAUACAUAACAAUUUUCAUUAUAUGGAUCUUCUUAUGUUGUACUGAAGCUCCCUGAUUAAUAGACAUAUGUGAUGCAUAUAGAACUAAAAACAUUUUUUAUUGCCGAAACACAGGAAAGCUUUGUUUCCGUCCAGAAAUCCAGAAUAUAGAAACUGCCAAAACUGAAAUAAAGAAGUUUAAUAUAUUGAA